AUGGAAAUUCAAGGUGAGUCUUUGGUAAGCGGACAUUCAACGCACGCAUAUUCUUAAUUUAAAUAACAUCCGCUCAGUCGAUCAGACAACCAAUUGCUCGAUAGGCGACUUCUGCUAGUCGAAGUGGUUUGUGUGGGCAUAUCUUGCAGGUGUCAAUUUGACUGACUUGCUCGUUAGAAAUUCACAGUUAUGCUUCUGUCUUCAAGAGAAAAAUACAAACAAGGAAGGGGGAAAAGCGAGUAGCCAAUGACCGACAACUGAAAAACAUGUUUUUUUUAUCACAUUGCCGGUAAAAAUUUAUUGGGAGUGAGGAAAAACGUCUAAGUUUAGUAACCAGGUCAAAAGACAUAAUUCUGCAUACCUGGGGGAUUGAAAUUCCUCAGCUAAUUUUGGAGAAAAAAUGUCAAGACCAUCGGUGUCAGAGCUGGAUAAGGACUUGGGCUUUAGGUUUCAUCGGACUGUUCUUAUCUGAAGAAAUAAUGACGGGCGACAUUUAUGUGGCCAUACACAACAGUGAUUUUCUGUCAAGUGUGCCAAAAUAACAACAUGCUUUUGCGAUGUGUUGCCAGCAAGGCGGUACACCUCCACAUUACUGCACUGUUGUGUGCCACUGACUCCAUGAGCACUUCAAACGCAAAGCAACUGGAUCAUGUAUUUCUAUAAAGUAAAUAUCGUGCAAAAUCAACUAACAAUCGGGCUGAGUUGUAUGCUACGCGAUCAAAAUUAAGAGCCUUUUCUCUGUGACAGACCGCGCUUCCGCUGAUUUGUCACGCUGCCCUCCUAUCCGCCUCACGCUCCCUUUCGAUCUGCUACUGGGACGCGCGAGGCUUGACAUUAGCCUCGCGAGUGCCCGAAGCCAAUCAACGCUGCCACUUCCCUGAUUGGCUGACGACACUGAGGCAGAGCGAAAAACGCACACACGCGUUGGGGUCUAGGCACCUCAACGGCGGACACGGACGACAUAACUGGCUUGGAGAGAGCGCUCGCGGUGACUGUUUGCAGGGCCUUUGUGUACGCACUUCCUCAGCCGUAACGGUUGUCCAGCGAAAUCCGUCUUCUCAGACUUAUGAUUUGCGAACCUCUGUCUUGUUGACCAUACAGUCCCGAAAAUUUGCGCAUCCUUCUACUUCCUAAUCUAGAAUAAAGUCAGACGUCUGCCACGGACAGUUUUAUACCAGAAGUACAACAUAUCUGGCACCCGCUUUUGACAUUCUUUCGCCCACCUUCUCAGAUGGCCGGACGGCUUAUGGUGAUGCAAGGUUUUUCCAAGUUGUCACUUUCAGCACCCUCAACUCCCUCGACUUCUCUUGCGUCUCCCCAUUUAGAAACCGGACUUCCCAAGCGGGCCGUGGAUAUAGCAUCUCUACAGAAGAAGACCAUGUCCGCCUGAUCACGGAGCCAACUGAAGUCGUCUACCGCGCGUGUCCGGUAUGCACAUUCUGCCCGUUACAACACAGACGCCACCUGUUGGCAUCCCACUACCCUUGGUGCUAAAACCCGUCGCUGCAUCUAUCCCUGCUCAUUCACCACCAAGCAGAGCAAACGGUUAAAACGGGUCAGCUCGGAGGUUAGUACAGCCAAUCUUCCUGGAAGCUCUAAUCCUAGUUGUACAUUUUAUGCCCGCGACACCCGGAUUGGCAGGCGUUUUUUAAUGGACGCAGGUGUCAAACUGAGUGUCAUUCUGUCCACACAGCUGAUCGCCAGUACCCCAAUUCCGGCCUUCUCCUUCAGACCAUUAGCACGUCGAACAUUAUCAUCAUCGGAAUCUGCUCCCAUUCUCUGAACAUCGGCAUCCGCCGUCUAUUCCCCUGGGGUUUCGUAGUUGAUAACAUCUCCUGUACCAUUCUCGGCGCAGACUUCCUUGUCGCUUUUAUUCUUCUGGUCGACUGUCGUCAGUCCCUUCAAUACAACAUGACCAACAACCUCGCCGUCCGAUGUAUCUCUUCUUUUGGAAAUUCCUGUCAGCUCGCCGUUCUGGCUUUUGAACCCGAGAAUACAUUUCGGCAACUCCUCGCCAAAUACACCGGAUUCACUCGUCUCGACUUAAGAGCUUCUAUUCCGCAAUACGACGUUGUUCACCACAUUCGGACCACUGGUCCUCUCUUGUUUUCUCGGCCCCGGCGUCUCGCGUCCGCAUCACUGUCUGCAGCCAAGGCCGAGUUUGAGUAUUUGCUUCAGACGGGCAUGAUACGUCAAUCUGAAAGCCCAUGGGCCCUCCACAUGGUCGCAAAGGCCACCACUGGUGAGAAGCGUCCCGGUGGUGAUUACAGGGCCUUGAACAACGUUACCAUCGCAGACCGCUACCCUGCCCUUCGUCUUAAGGAUUUUGCCAGUACCCUCUUUGGAAAAUCAGUGUUCUCGAAAAUCGACCUGGUCUGCGCCUUGCACCAAAUUCCCAUCGCCAUAGCAGAUGUUUCUAAAACGGUCGUCACCCCCUCCUUUGGUCUCUUAGAGUUCCUACGCAUGUCAUUUGGACUCCACAAAGCCUCCCAGACAUGCUGGAGGUUCGUAGACAGAGUGCUUCGCGGACUUCCAUUUGUCUACGCCUACAACCCUCUAAUAGCUAGCUUAACCGCCGAAGACAAAUGGAGCAUCUUGCCACGGUGCUUGACCGCCUUCUCAGUCCGUCCAGCUGCGUCUUCUGUGUGCUCUCUUUAGAAUUUCUCAGGCAUCUGGUUGACUCCAACGACAUCUAGUCUCUUCCAUCGAAGGUUGCGGACAUCCGUAAUUUCACACCCGCCUCUCCCAAACGUCAGCUGCAGCGAAUUCUGGGCAUGGUUAAUUUCUACCGCCAGUUCUUCCUGCAUCGUGCCGACAUCAUCCUACCGCUCACGAGCCUCCUUUCGGGCCUCAAUGGUCCGUUCGAGCUGUCUUCAGACGCCCUGGCUGCCUUUGAUAGGGUGGAGGCUGUCCUGGCCAACGUCUUCCUCCUGACGUAUUUUUCUCCCUGUACAACUAUAUCCCUCAUGGUUGACACCCCAAAUGUUGCAGUAGGCGCGGGUCUCCAACAGCAACUUGCAAAUCACACCUAA